AUGGGUAAAGCUAAGAAGACUAGAAAGUUUGGACUCGUUAAACGUACUCUCAAUGCCAAGAAGGAUCCAAGACUGAAGCAGAACCAGGAUAAGAAACCACAAAAAGCAGAUCCUGAAUUGACAAGAAACAUUCCACAAGUUUCCAGUGCACUGUUUUUUCAAUACAAUCAAGCAAUUAGACCACCUUAUCAAGUUCUGAUAGAUACAAAUUUUAUCAAUUUUUCCAUUCAGAAAAAAAUAGACAUCGUGAAGGGUAUGAUGGACUGUCUUUUGGCUAAAUGUAAUCCUUUGAUUACAGAUUGUGUUAUGGCAGAAUUAGAAAAGUUGGGACCCAAAUACCGUAUUGCGCUCAAGCUGGCGAGAGAUCCAAGAAUCAAAAGAUUGAGCUGUACGCAUAAAGGUACUUAUGCGGAUGACUGUCUCGUUAACAGAGUCAUGCAGCACAAAUGUUACAUCGUUGCUACCAAUGAUGCUCCUCUAAAGCAAAGAGUAAGAAAGAUUCCCGGGAUCCCACUAAUGAGCGUUGGUGGUCAUUCUUAUGUGAUUGAAAAGCUUCCUGAUGCAUUCUAA